AUGCUUCCGAAUCGCGUUCACUUCGCUUCAUUACGACUUUGCCGGCCUCACUUUUCUACUUACGUUGCUGUCCGGAACUCUGAACGAUCAGAUAAUGCCUCCUCCGCUAAUCUGGUAGGGAGUGCAAAGUUGUUUGCUGAUGCAGCUUUGGAGGAGGAACAGCCUGGUCCUUCAGCAACAUCUAAGCGACUCCAGGAUAUCCUCGCGGAGCAACCCAAUUGGACCGGAGAUGAACGUAUAGAAGAUACUGUUCUCCGAAUGCUUGUUGACAAAUACAAGCCAUUGCGAAGCGGAACCAUCCAAACCGCUGAGCAGAAGAUGAAGAAGGCGCCUUCCAAGAUCCCCCAAUAUCAUGAGGAUUCGCCUCCCUUACAUUCCUCAGUUGCAGACGGCGCCGCAACUUACAAGCCGUUCGUUCCGCCCGGCAGUUCGUGGGCUUCUGUUCCUCUUCUGCCACCGGGUCCACCGGACCAUCGCCCCUGGCACACCGAAUACAAGAUCCCAGACCAUGCACAAGUGUCCGUUCGCGUCGGUCGCUUCCCAAUGAAGACGUCUGCCCAGCAUACUGGAGCUUCAGCGAUCGGCGGAGACGAGCAGACUCGGCGCGCCGAAAAGGAGCUCCAUCGCAAGCUCGGCAGGUUAAACCGCGCACGAGAGUCAUCACUGGACUACCGUCUGGGUUUGGGAAAUACCAAUAAACACCAUGCACCCUCCCAGAUCAAUCCCGUCAGUAUGAAGGGUUGGACUAACCUCGUCGAAGAUAGAAUAGAGAAAGCUCGGCGUGCGGGCUUGUUUACGAAGGUCAAGGGCCGUGGAAAACCACUGGAGCGCAUUGCGGAGGAGCAUAAUCCCUUCAUCGCUCGUGAAGAGUACCUCAUGAAUAGAAUCGUGAAGCGGAAUGGUGCAGCGCCGCCAUGGGUCCAGUUGCAAGGUGAUGGCUGGACUCGUCACGCCAUCAGAGCAUUGACGAUCUCUGCCCCGCUUCCCGAACUUGAAGCCAUCCGCAGGUUCAGGGAUCCGCGAUGGUCUGCGAAAGAAAGCACAUUCCACACUGCGGCACUGGCUGAAGUCAAUGACAAAGUGCGGCGGUACAAUGCCCUUGCUCCCUACGCAGUUCGCAGAACGCUUCACGUCUUGGAUGCGGAGUUGGCAUCUGUGUACAUCAAGGGAGAGGUUGAAAUUCCACGCAUGCUUGAGGAACGCGCUAGGGCGAGGCCUCUUACAAAACAAGCCGUGGAUGUUCCGAGUCUUAGUCUCCAGUUCCAAAUGAACUGGAUGAAAAGACUCCGUCAGUUUCUUAUGACGUUGCUGCAGCGCCUAGAACACACCGUUCGACGGUCGUGA